GUCACGCACUCAGCCGGCGGUCGCCAUGUUUGAUUGAGAUACACCACUGGAGCUGCGAGUUGGACCCUCAAUAUUCGACCGAUUUUGUCCCAUUUCUUUAUGCACUGGUGUAUGGAAACUGCAUGAAAAUUAGCUAACGUGCCCUUGUGUCGAAUACAAACGCCACAAUGACUCAAAUACUUCCGAUUCGGUUCCAAGAGCAUUUACAGCUCACCAACAUUGGCAUCAACCAAGCCAGUGUGAGCUUCAACACUCUGACCAUGGAGAGUGACAAGUUCAUCUGCGUACGUGAGAAAGUGGGUGACACGGCGCAGGUGGUCAUCAUCGACAUGCACGACCCCACCAACCCGAUCCGGAGGCCGAUCUCGGCAGACUCAGCCAUCAUGAAUCCAGCGUCCAAAGUCAUUGCCUUAAAAGGCAAGGCUGGGGCCGAGGCUCAAAAAACGCUCCAAAUUUUCAACAUUGAGAUGAAGAGUAAAAUGAAGGCGCAUACAAUGACUGAGGAUGUGAUUUUCUGGAAGUGGAUCUCGCUCAACACCCUGGCGCUCGUCACCGAGACGGCCGUCUUCCACUGGAGCAUGGAGGGCGACUCGACCCCCCAGAAGAUGUUUGACAGACACUCAAGCCUGAACGGCUGCCAGAUUAUCAACUACCGGACGGACGCGAAGCAGCAGUGGCUGCUGCUGAUCGGCAUCUCGGCGCAGCAGAAUCGCGUCGUCGGAGCCAUGCAGCUGUACAGUGUCGAGCGAAAGUGCAGCCAGCCGAUCGAGGGCCACGCCGCCUCCUUUUCGCAGUUCAAGAUGGAGAACAACCCUGAGUUCUCCACACUCUUCUGCUUCGCCGUGCGCACCACACAAGGCAGCAAGCUGCACAUCAUCGAAGUCGGCACGCCGCCCACGGGCAACCAGCCCUUCGCAAAGAAAACUGUAGACGUUUUCUUCCCACCAGAGGCGCAAAACGACUUUCCAGUAGCUAUGCAAGUUAGCCCAAAGUAUGAUGUCAUCUACCUGAUCACCAAAUACGGCUACAUUCACAUGUACGAUAUUGAGACUGCCACUUGCAUCUACAUGAACAGAAUCAGCGGUGACACGAUCUUCGUCACUGCGCCACACGAAGCGACGGGAGGCAUCAUCGGCGUCAACAGGAAAGGCCAGGUGCUCUCGGUGACAGUUGAAGAAGAAAACAUCAUUCCAUACAUCAAUAGUGUCCUUCAAAACCCAGACUUAGCCCUUAGGAUGGCGGUGAGGAACAACCUGGCUGGCGCCGAGGACCUCUUUGUCCGCAAGUUCAAUCUGCUUUUCCAAAACGGACAAUACUCCGAUGCAGCAAAGGUUGCAGCCAAUGCGCCAAAGGGAAUUCUGAGAACUCCGCAAACUAUUCAGCGAUUCCAGCAAGUUCCAACCCCUCCUGGCCAAACGUCUCCCCUUCUACAGUACUUUGGCAUUCUCCUUGAUCAGGGUCAACUGAACAAGUACGAAAGCUUGGAGCUGUGCAGGCCGGUCUUGCAACAGGGCCGGAAGCACUUGAUGGAAAAGUGGCUGAAGGAGGACAAACUCGAGUGCUCUGAGGAGCUGGGCGACCUCGUCAAGCAGGCUGACCCUACCUUGGCCCUUUCAGUCUACCUGAGAGCUAAUGUGCCCAACAAAGUAAUACAGUGCUUCGCGGAAACCGGGCAGUACCAGAAAAUCGUGCUGUACGCCAAGAAGGUCGGCUACACGCCAGACUACAUUUUCCUUCUGAGGAACGUGAUGCGCAUCAACGCUGACCAAGGUGUCCAGUUUGCGCAGAUGCUUGUCCAGGAUGACGAGCCCUUGGCUGACAUCAACCAGAUUGUCGACAUUUUCAUGGAGCAAAACAUGGUGCAACAGUGCACCGCCUUCCUGUUGGACGCUCUGAAAAAUAACCGCCCCUCUGAAGGUCCCCUCCAAACAAGACUGCUGGAGAUGAACCUGAUGUCGGCCGCCCAGGUGGCGGACGCCAUCCUCGGCAACAACAUGUUCACCCACUACGACCGGGCACACAUCGCCCAGCUUUGCGAAAAGGCCGGCUUGCUGCAGAGGGCGCUCGAGCACUACACUGACUUGUACGACAUCAAGCGAGCAGUGGUGCACACGCACCUGCUGAACGGCGAGUGGCUGGUGAACUUCUUCGGCACGCUGUCAGUGGAGGACUCGCUUGAGUGUCUGAAGGCGAUGCUGACGGCCAACAUCCGACAGAACUUGCAGGUCUGCAUCCAGAUCGCGACCAAGUACCACGAGCAGCUGACGACGAAGGCGCUGAUCGACCUGUUUGAGUCGUUCAAGAGCUACGAAGGCCUGUUCUACUUCCUCGGCUCAAUCGUCAACUUCAGCCAGGACCCAGAGGUGCACUUCAAGUACAUCCAGGCUGCGUGCAAGACCGGCCAGAUCAAGGAGGUGGAGCGCAUCUGCCGCGAGAGCAACUGUUACAACGCUGAGCGCGUGAAGAACUUCCUGAAGGAGGCCAAACUGACCGACCAGCUGCCUCUGAUCAUCGUGUGCGACCGUUUCGACUUUGUGCACGACCUCGUGCUCUACCUGUAUCGCAACUCUCUACAAAAGUACAUCGAGAUCUACGUGCAGAAGGUUAACCCAUCUCGUCUGCCGGUCGUGGUGGGCGGUCUGCUCGACGUCGACUGCUCAGAGGACAUCAUCAAGAACCUGAUCCUGGUCGUGCGCGGCCAGUUCUCCACCGAUGAACUGGUGGAGGAGGUUGAGAAGCGCAACAGGCUCAAACUGCUUCUGCCCUGGCUUGAGUCGCGCGUGCACGAGGGCUGCGUUGAGCCUGCGACGCACAACGCCCUCGCCAAGAUCUACAUCGACAGCAACAACAACCCCGAGCGCUUCCUCAAGGAGAACCAGUUCUACGACAGCCGCGUCGUCGGAAAGUACUGCGAGAAGAGGGAUCCGCACCUGGCCUGCGUCGCUUACGAGCGCGGCCAGUGCGACAGAGAGCUCAUCAAUGUCUGCAACGAGAACUCGCUCUUUAAGUCUGAAGCACGCUAUCUGGUCAAGCGCCGCGAUCAAGAACUGUGGGCCGAGGUUCUGAAUGAGAGCAACCCCUACAAGCGGCCACUCAUAGACCAAGUGGUGCAAACGGCCUUGUCGGAAACCCAGGAUCCCGAGGACAUUUCUGUCACCGUGAAGGCGUUCAUGACCGCCGACCUUCCUAAUGAGCUAAUCGAGCUCUUGGAGAAGAUAGUCCUUGACAGUUCUGUUUUCAGCGAUCACAGAAAUCUGCAAAACUUGCUGAUCCUGACUGCAAUCAAAGCAGAUCGGACGCGCGUGAUGGAAUACAUUAACCGUCUGGACAACUACGACGCGCCAGACAUAGCCAACAUAGCGAUCAACAACCAGCUGUACGAAGAAGCGUUCGCCAUCUUCAAGAAGUUUGACGUGAACACCUCAGCGAUCCAGGUGCUGAUUGACCACGUGUCAAAUCUGGACCGCGCGUACGAGUUUGCCGAGCGAUGCAACGAGCCGGCCGUGUGGAGCCAGCUUGCCAAGGCGCAGCUGCAACAGGGCCUGGUCAAGGAGGCGAUCGACUCGUUCAUCAAGGCCGAUGAUCCGUCCGCCUAUAUGGACGUCGUCGAGACGUCACACCGCACCGGCAGCUGGGAGGACCUCGUGCGCUACCUGCAGAUGGCCAGGAAGAAGGCGAGAGAGUCCUACAUCGAGUCAGAACUCAUCUACGCCUACGCCCGCACUAACCGGCUUGCUGACCUUGAGGAGUUCAUUUCUGGACCCAACCACGCCGACAUUCAAAAGAUCGGCGACAGAUGUUUCGACGACAAAAUGUAUGAACCGGCCAAACUGCUGUACAAUAAUGUAUCGAAUUUCGCGCGGCUAGCAAUAACUCUGGUGCACUUGAAGGAGUACCAAGGUGCUGUCGACUCCGCUCGCAAAGCUAACAGUACGCGCACAUGGAAGGAAGUUUGCUUCGCGUGCGUAGAGAGCGAGGAGUUCCGUCUGGCGCAGAUGUGUGGCCUGCACAUCGUGGUGCACGCCGACGAGCUGGAAGAACUGAACAACUUCUACCAGGAGCGUGGCUACUUCGAGGAGCUAAUCAACCUGCUGGAGGCAGCGCUGGGCCUGGAGCGCGCCCACAUGGGCAUGUUCACUGAGCUGGCCAUCCUCUACUCCAAGUACAAGCCAGCCAAGAUGCGUGAGCACCUCGAGCUCUUCUGGUCGCGCGUCAACAUCCCCAAGGUGCUGCGCGCCGCCGAGCAGGCUCACCUCUGGGCCGAGCUCGUCUUCCUGUAUGACAAGUAUGAGGAAUACGACAACGCUGUCGUCGCCAUGAUGAAUCACCCAACUGAGGCGUGGCGCGAGAGCCACUUCAAGGACAUCAUCACCAAGGUGGCCAACAUUGAACUCUACUACAAGGCAAUCCAGUUCUACGUGGACUUUAAGCCGCUGCUGCUCAACGACGUGCUGCUCGUGCUGGCGCCGCGCAUGGACCACACGAGGGCUGUGAGCUACUUCACCAAGGUGGACCACCUGCAGCUGGUCAAGCCGUACCUGCGCUCGGUGCAGAACCUCAACAACAAGGCGAUCAACGAGGCGCUCAACGGAUUGCUGAUCGACGAAGAGGACUACCUUGGCCUGCGCACCUCUAUCGACGCGUUCGACAACUUUGACAACAUCUCCCUUGCUCAGCAGCUCGAGAAGCACGAGCUCACUGAGUUCAGACGCAUCGCCGCCUACCUCUACAAAGGCAACAACCGGUGGAAGCAGUCCGUCGAGCUCUGCAAAAAGGACAGGCUCUACAAGGACGCGAUGGAGUACGCGGCCGAGAGCAAGAACGCUGAAGUGGCCGAGGAGUUGCUCAGCUGGUUCCUGGAGAAGGGCAACUACGACUGCUUCGCCGCCUGCCUCUUCCAGUGUUACGACCUACUGCACCCAGACGUGAUCCUCGAGCUGGCCUGGCGACACCGCAUCAUGGACUUUGCCAUGCCCUACUUCAUCCAGGUCACCAGAGAGUACACUAGCAAGGUGGACAAGUUGGAGGCUGCCGAGUCGCAAAGAGCUGAGGACCAUUCCACUCAGGAGAACAAGCCAAUGAUGAUUCCUGAGCCACAACUGAUGCUGACCGCCGGUCCGGGAAUGAUGGCGCCGGGCUACUCGCCAGGCUUCAACGCCACGGGCUACGCGCCCAACAUGCCCUAUCAGGGCUACGGCAUGUAAACAGAGAGACUAAUUAUGCCGGCAAACACACACAUAUACAAUGAGUAUAAACAAAGAAAGAAGCUUCGGCGGUGCGCGGCCGUCUCAUUUGUACAUAGGGAAAUUGGGGUGGACAACUAAUUAAUUAAUUAAUUGAUCAUGCAGGCUGGUAGAGCUCAUUAAUGAUUAUUAAUUAAUUAUUACUCUUUUAUGCUUCGUAAAAUCAGUUUUCCUCUUUGCAUUCUGAUUUUGUGAUUGUCACUGCUCGAAAGAAAUUACAUUGCUACUCUCCUUUUCCUUGGUAAAGUGAAAAAGCAUGCCCUCGGACCGUGUGCAUGCUUCGACUUUCAACUAGUGUGCAAUUCUCAAACGUUCGUUCAUUCCAUAAUUAAUACUGACUAUAUAAAUAUAUUAUGCUUUGUAUCGGAAGAUUAUUCUCAUGAUUAAUGUACAUUGUUCCCCGCGGGAGGUGUCGAAAGGAAAAAUGCUGACCUUUUUAUUUUUCAUCCGUGAGUAAAGAAGUUGAUUGUUUCGUCGCUGCAGUUUUGUGUGAAUCGUCUGUCGCUCUGGCUUUCCUCUCACCAUAAUCAUGCAAUUCGUCGCUGCUGCAGUCGCUCUUGCUGUAAUUUAUUUGUUAUUUACUGAUUUGUUUAUGUGGUUGAUGCUUUACACAAGUAUAGUUAUUACGGUUAAUUACGAUAAUUAUUACGAAUAUAUUUGUCAUGAUUAUUCUAUUACCUAGCUACAGUACGAAGAACAGUGAUUCGCAUGGCUAUUAUUAUUUUUUCGUCCUGUUUUGAGCGCUCUCGAUAUUGAGAGAUCAAAAUAAAUAUAAAUGAAAAAUAUAGUGAUGAUGAAGAUGACGAUGAGAGUGGAAAGAUGAAAUGUUAUAUGAGAAAAUCAAUUAUUAUAUUGAGAAAAUUAUAAUUGCACUGUACCGUGGUAUCAACCAGUGUCAGAAUAAAGAAACAUGUGACGCAUUAA